ACAGGGAGUGGACUUUGCUGAGCAGCAGGCUUCCAACAGCAAGCUUCUGGAUUCUGAAGCUCCGGAGAUCUAACCACAUGACAGAGAGAAGCCCAGAGGAAGUCCAGGAGUCAUCCAGACAGCCAGUAGAAGUACACUAUGCAGGGUGUGGUGGGGGUGAGGCAGGGAGUGUCGUGGAGCCUGUGUGCCCUGCUCUGCCUCUCUUUCUUGGAGCAGAGCCAGUGCAGGGGCUCCAGACAGGCUAGAGAAACCAAGGAAUAUCCCCUGCUCAGGGCCAAACGAACUCCCACAGAAGACAUCAAGAAGUGCUCCUACACCUUUCUGAUUCCCCAGCAGAAGAUCACAGGCCCCAUCUGUGCCAGUGCAACGGGCCCCGAGCCGGACAAGGAGCGUGUGACACGGAUGGACAUAGCUGACGUAAGAGAGGUGCUGUUCAAGCAGAGACGGGAGAUUGAGACCCUGCAGCUGGUGGUGGAUGUGGACGGCAACAUGGUGAACGAGAUGAAGCUGCUCAGGAAGGAGAGCAGGAACAUGAACUCCAGGGUGACCCAGCUCUACAUGCAGCUGCUUCACGAGAUCAUCAGGAAGAGAGACAACUCUCUGGAGCUGGCCCAGCUGGAGAACCGGGUUCUCAACGUCACCUCAGAGAUGUUGAGGCUAGCCUCGCGCUACAAGGAGCUAGAAGGGCGUUUUGCAGCGAUGGCGGGGGUGGUGAACAACCAAUCUGUGCUGAUUGCUGCGUUGGAGGAGCAGUGUCUGCGGACCCUGGGGCGCAGUGAGAUGCAGGUGGUCCCCCCGCUGGUCCAGGUGGUCCCAGAGAACAUCCCCGUCAACAGCCGCUUCACCAACGAGAUACAGAGGGAUCACAACAACCGGGCAUUCCCACGGGGGUCGCGCAUGGACUCCCCCACCGCCUCUCCAUUUGGACUCAACCCGCCGCCACCGCAGGGCACGCUCACCUCAGACGGUCCGUUUAAGGACUGCUACCAGGUGCGCCAGGCGGGCCACAGCACCAGUGGGAUGUACCUGCUGAAGGCAGAGAGUAAUGAACAGCUAAUCCAGGCCUGGUGUGAACACAGCUUAGACAACGGAGGCUGGACCGUGUUACAGAGAAGGAAGGAUGGAUCGGUCAACUUCUUCAGGAACUGGGAGAACUACAAGAAAGGCUUUGGGAACAUAGACGGUGAAUACUGGCUGGGUCUGGAGAACAUCUUUAACCUGGCAAAGCAGGGAGACUACAGGCUGCUGGUAGAGCUGGAGGACUGGGUGGGGAAGAAGGUGUAUGCUGAGUACAGCAGCUUCCGCCUGGAGCCUGAGAGUGAGGGCUUCCGCCUGAGACUGGGCACCUACCAGGGAAACGCUGGAGACUCCCUCAGCAGCCACAAUGGGAAAAUGUUCACCACGCUGGACAGGGACAAGGAUGCUUUCUCAGGUAACUGUGCCCACUUCCAUAAGGGAGGUUGGUGGUACAACGCCUGUGGUCAGACCAACCUGAAUGGAGUGUGGUACAGCGGAGGGGUUUACCGCAGUAAGUUCCAGGAUGGAAUCUUCUGGGCUGAGUACGGAGGCGGAUCGUACUCCCUCAAGUCUGUCCGUAUAAUGAUACGACCUAUCGACUGAGCCUGUAACCGUCUCCACCCCACUAUCUAUGCCAUGACCUUUGACCCAUCCUAAUCCCAACCCGUGACGUCUCAACUUCUCCACCAAGCUACCCAUCAUCUUCUCAUUCUUUUCCUUUCUUACAUUUUUAAGCGGAGCAGAGAAGCUGUUUAACUGUCGAGACCCAAAUCCCAAAUCAAACUGCUUCAUGGAAACCCUGGUUCUUCUUCAGCCUCUCUGAAGGGAAGAUGACACAGCGUUCUGCUAUUGUUUCAACUGUCCUUCUAUUGAGUCCUCUAGCAUGGUCAGACAGCCAUAUGAUAGUGCUGUGAAAGACAGCAGUGGACAGACAAAGUAUGAACUCUAACACAGAGCUAGCUGCCACAGCCUUCUACAACAGUCACUAUGUUAUACUCUGUAUGGUCGCUAUGAAGGUGGUUACAUUAGGAAUUUCAGAUGCUUAUUUCACACGUUGACUGGAAAAUAAAUGGUUAAUUUUGCCGUUUUAUUUUG